UAAAAACGUCAUUGCUGUCAGAGAGCUCAACCUGUUCAGUCAGAAAGCCCUAAACCGAGCGGAACACUCAUGAAACUCCAUAUUUCACCUUAAUUUAUCACAUCUUCUGUCAUGGAACAAGCGAAGCAGGAGGCCUUUGAUCACACCAGGCUGCAGGUGAUCAAAGAUGGGUACGAGAAGGCAUUUGCAUGCAUCAAUAAAGGUCUUACCGAGGAUGAGGUGGGCCACAGUGGAGAGGCGCUAAAACUGUACCAACAAGGGCGGCAACACCUCCUCAGGGCUCUCAGUGUUCCCUCGCAGGGCAUGGAGUGUGUAGGUCCCUCCUGGGAAUCGGCUAGGCAGAUGCAACACAAGAUGCAGGAGACCCUCAACAACAUUACCACUCGCCUAGGCAUGCUCGAAACCAGCUCAGACCCCAAUGGAGUCUCGGAUAGCAGUGCAGCCCCUCAUAAACUCUACCCUGAAGUCCUAAAGGUCAAGCCGGAGAGGCCGACUCCACCACAGAUGCUUGCUUCUAACAGCAGGGUUGCAGGGGCUUCGAGUGGGCCUGUUCCGGUCGCUCCCUCAAUGCAGCUCAAUAUGUUAAGCAAGCAGCCUCCUGCAUACACUCCUCAAGCUGCUGAUGGACACCUGACCAUUUCCUAUGGCACUGACUCAGGCGAGCUCUCCCUGGUUGGUGAUGAGUUCUACAGCCAUACGUCUAAUUCUACAACACCUCCUCAGUGUCUUGGGGAGGAUGGAGAGGAACUCUUUUUCCUUCCUCAAGGGGUGCAGAUCUUCCUGGUUACACCUGAGGGGCAAGUCAGUGCUCCCUCUUACCCAGGGUACCUGCGCAUUGUAAAGUUUACCAGUGAGCGAUCAGAAAGGAUUCCAAACAGGCCACCCGCCUUCCUACAGGUUUGUGGCUGGCUUUACCCCUUGAUGGCCUCUGAUUCCCCAGUCCUGCUGUGCAACACUGGGGUGUACAUGUUCCCUGACAUGAUGGCUCCCACCCCGGGCUCGUAUGUUGGUGUGGUCCUUUCUUCUGAGCUUCCCCAAAAAGAACAUGAACUCUUCCAGAGUCUUCUUUCUCAGCUGACAGACCUGCAUGUCCAGGCAUCAGAUGGCACAACCGAUACCAUUAACCUGGGUCAGAAGGUGCCGAUGGAGCCUCCUGCAGCUGAAGAGGAGAAGGUACUUCCUGAAUGGAGCGGGAAGGUGGCUCAGGGGGUCUUGACUGGGGCUUCACGGCUGAGCUGGGGGUUAGUGAAGGGGGCUGAGUACACAGGCAAAGCCAUACAUAAAGGUGCAGCCAAACUACGAGAGCACAUCGCUCCAGAAGACAAACCAGCCCAAGUCAGCCCCACAGUAGCCAAAAGCCUCCAUGUGACCAAACAAGCCACAGGAGGAGCAGUGAAGGUCAGCCAGUUUCUUGUGGAUGGGCUGUGCACAGUCACUGGACAUGUCGGCAGAGAGUUGGCACCCCAUGUUAAGAAACACGGAGGGAAGCUUAUCCCAGAGUCCCUGAAGAAAGACAAGGAUGGCUGCUCCAAGAUUGAUGGUGCUAUGGUGGUUGCAGCAAGUGGAGUUCAAGGAUUUGCAACUGUUUGGACCGGGUUGGAGGUUGCAGCAAAGAACAUUGCAAAGAGUGCUGCUGCCGAGACUGUUACCACGGUAAAACAUAAGUAUGGGGCAGAAGCGAGCCAGGCCACAGAUCACGCUGUCAACUCAGCCAUCAAUGUGGGCGUCACUGCAUUUAAUAUCGACAACCUGGGGAUCAAGGCAGUGGUCAAGAAGACUGGCAAAGAGACUGCCCGUGCCAUCCUGGCAGACUAUAAAGUCCAAGAGCCAAGCAGUCAAGUUGAGAAACAUAAAGACCAAAAGUAAAGUUUAGAUUCAGACCUCUCGUUUCAGGUGUCUAUUUUGAAGAGUUAACCAAAUGACUGAUGAAAUGGACUGAUCCUUUUCCUGUUUUACAGUGAAUGCUUUUGUUGUUAUUUGUGACUGACACUGAAAGACGUUCCUACAGUUAGUUGUGCCGUCAUGUUUACUAUUUUCACGGUGUUAUGGGGGAAUAGGUAAAUGCACUUUAAAAAAAAUUCUUUACAAGCUGACUGACAGCCCUGCUGGACAGUAUUACUGAUGUUGCCUUACACUUAACCAGCAAUAUAUU